UACAAUUUCAGGAAAGAACACUUGAGAGUAGUCUCAAAAUGCCUUUGAGCAAGAAUAAACUGAUUUUACUACUUGGAAUGAUCUGCAUGGAACAAGGUAAAUCUGCAACUCUUUCUCUCCCCAAAGCUCCCACCUGUGGGCGGAGUCUGGUGAAGGCACAGCCUUGGAGUUACUUUAACCUUCUCAGUCGCAUUGUUGGGGGAAGCCAAGUGGAAAAGGGCUCUUACCCCUGGCAGUUGUCUCUGAAACGAAGAGAGAAGCAUAUCUGUGGUGGGACCAUCAUCUCUCCACAGUGGGUGAUUACAGCUGCUCACUGCGUUGCAAACAGAAAUCCUGCAUCGGUUCUGAAUGUUACUGCUGGAGAACAUGACUUGAGCCGCACAGAGCCGGGGGAACAAGUCCUCACCACGGACACCAUCAUCAUACACCCAUAUUUCUCCACCAAGAAGCCAAUGGACUAUGAUAUCGCUCUUUUGAAGAUGGCUGGCACCUUUCAUUUCGGCCAGUCUGUGGGGCCCGUAUGUCUUCCAGAGCCUGGGGAACAAUUUGAAGCUGGGUUCAUUUGUACAACUGCAGGCUGGGGCCGCUUGGCUGAAGACGGCAUGCUCCCGCAAGUCCUGCAGCAAGUGAACCUACCCAUUUUGACCCAGGAGGAAUGUCUGGCAGCUCUGUUAACACUGAAGAAACCCAUCAGUGGACGGACCUUUCUCUGCACAGGCUUCCCCGAUGGAGGGAGAGACGCCUGUCAGGGAGAUUCAGGAGGUUCUCUCAUGUGCCGGAAUAAGAAAGGGGCUUGGACUCUGGCCGGUGUGACCUCCUGGGGUUUGGGCUGUGGUAGAGGCUGGAGAAACAAUGUGCAGAAAGAUGAUCAAGGAUCCCCUGGGAUCUUCACAAAUCUUAGUAAAGUGCUUCCUUGGAUCCAUGAACAUAUCCAAACUGGGAAGCAAAGAAACAGCUCCAGAGCCCCAUGCAGUGAGCAGGAUGGUGGAAUCGGCGGGUCUGAGGGGCAGCUGCACUUCCCAGAAAGCCCCUACGCCUCUUAUAAGAGCCAGCAACUGUGUGUCUGGACCCUGCUGGUGCCAGAGAAAAUGCACCUGUUACUCAGCCUUUCCCACUUGGAUGCAGAGUCCUGUCACCACAGUUACCUGGCGAUGUACUCUUCAGAAGACAGGCUCAUUGGGAAGUUCUGUGGAGAAAGCGUCGCUUCAUCAGUUCUUAUCGGCUCCAGGUCUGUCAGGCUGCAGUUCGUCUCUGAUGCCACAGAUUAUGCAGCCGGGUUUAAUCUUACCUACAAAGCUCUUAAACCAAACUACCUUCCUGAUGCAGGCUGCAGGUCAUUAACUGUCCUUUUUAAAGAAGGCCUCAUACAGAGUCUGCACUAUCCUGAAAACUACAGCGACCUGGCUGCCUGCAGCUGGGUUUUUCAAGCCCCCAGACGUUACCUGAUUAAGCUUUCCUUUCAGAAUCUGGAAAUAGAAGAAAGUGGUGGAGACUGCACUUCCAACUAUGUGGCAGUGCACAGGGAUGUGGAAAGAAAGAAGGAAAUAGCUCGGCUGUGCGGCUUUGCUGCCCCCGCACCUGUGCUGAGCUCCUCUGGUGUGAUGUUCAUCAGCUUCCAGUCGGACGAAAAUGUGACCUUCAGAGGCUUUCAGGCUACAGUCUCCUUUAUUCCUGAGACAGGUAAGAAGAUAGAGGCACCAAAUGUAAACAUCUCCGGAUCAGAGGAUGAGCCUAUGUUUCUGGAGACAUGGAGCACCAUCUGAAGAACCCAGGGCUUCUGGUAAGCUGUUUGGGGGAAUGUGACCAAGAGGUAUACACAGGUGUAUCAGCCAGGGUUCAAACAGAGCACCCCAAAAAGGCAGGCCAGAGUCCUAACCACUAGUACCCCAGAAUGUGUACUUAUUUGGAGAUAGCAUCUUCACAGAAUUAAAAAUCAAGUUAAAAUUAGGUCAUCAGUGUGGGUCCUGAUCCAAUAUGGCUGGUGCCCUAUAAAAGGGGAAAUUUGGAUGCAGAGAGAGACACACAUACAGAAGGAGAACGUCUUAUGAAUGUGAAAGCAGAGAUUGGGGUAAUGCAUCAUCUAUAAGCCAAGGAAUGCCAAAGACGGCCAGCACACUGCCAGAAGGGGAGAGGCAUGGUGCAGAUGCCCCUCACUACCCUGAGAAAGAAUCAACACUACCAAUACCUUCAUCUUAGACUUCUAGCCUCCAGCACUGUGACACAAUAAAGAUAUGUUCUUCUAAGCCACACAGUCAAUGAUAUAUCUUCUGUUACAGCAGGCUGAACAAGCUAACAUACAGGAAUUGGCUUGCAUGAUGGUGGGGACUAAGCAAGUAAACCCCCAGGGCAGGCAAUCAGAGAGCAGGAAGAUCACAGGACCCUGGAAUUCCACAGCCAGGGGCUGAAGCUACUCCCCAUAGACAGACUUUCUUCCUUCUCUGGGGGAAACCUCAGCGCUGCUUGAAGGUCUUUUCAACUAAUUAAGUCAGGCCCACGCAGCUCACCCAGGAUGAGCUUCCUUACCUGAAGUCAUCUGAUUGGGGACCUUUAUUACUUCUGCAAAAUCCCUUCACAGUAACAGUUAGAUUAAUGUUUGAUCGAAUAGCUGGGGGCUGGAGCCUAGAUAAGUUGACACAUUAAAAAGCCACCCACCAGGACUGUAUGGGCCGUGGUCACUGUCCCUUUUGCUCAAAGCAACACUGAAGUAUUUCCAGUCAUAAAAUCAAAAUCCCCAUCUCAUGUGAUUCAUUUGGUGGGAAUGGCUAAAUAGUGUGCCAGACUGUGGUCUGACUCACAAGGUCCAGCCACUGACAAAGUGAGUAUGCCACUGUGUUUUAAUGUCAAUGAGCACUGGGAGGUACUGGCAUUUCCCUCUUCCUUGUUUCCCCUGUGACAUCCAUGGCACACACGUGCCAUGCGGCACCUGCACCAUGAGGAAAAUGUGAGGGAGCAGGUAGAGGGUGGAGGUAGGGAAACUUUUAUAGUUAGCCAUUUUGAUUGUCAAGAGAAAAAUUAAGCACAUUAUUUUUAAUUAAAAAGUAUUUUUUUAGUUUUACCGGUUAUCUGACACAUAGAAU